UGAGGGCGGAGGGAGGGAGGUGUCGGGGAGGCGGCCACAGGGAGAGGGAGCCCGAGUCCCGGACAUGUUGCUCCGGCUCCGCACCGAGUGUCCCGGCCGCUGCCUCCGCUCCCUCCCCGCCGCCCAGUCGCCGCCUCCGUCCCGUUCGCCCGCCCGGAGCCGCCGCCCGUGACCGGGGGUCCCGGAGCCGCACGAUGAGGAAUUCCCGGGAAGCGGACGGGUUCGAGGGGGAGGCGUCCAGCGCGUCCAUGAUGAGCGGGGCGAGCAGCCCGUACCAGCCGACCACCGAGCCGGUGCUGCCGGCCCGCCGGCUCCACCUCAGCUGUGACCCCGGCUACCUGCGCUCCACCCUCGGGCUGCUCAAGGUGCUGCAAGUGCUUCUGGCCCUGAUAGCCUUCAUCUGCAUUGAGACGGUGAAGGAGUGCCUACCAUGUGGGGGUCUCUACCUCUUCGAGUUCGUCAGCUGCACCGCGUUCGUGGUCACCGGAGUCCUGCUGCUGAUGUUCAGCCUGAACCUUCACACCAAGGUGCCGCAGAUCAACUGGAACCUGACGGAUUUGAUCAACACCAUUAUCAGUGCACUGCUCUUCUUCAUUGCUUCCAUUGUCCUGGCAGCCAUGAACCACAAGAGGAAAGGAGAGAUCGCAGCUGUGGUGUUCGGCUUCCUGGCCACGGGGGCCUACGUGGUCAACUCGUACCUGGCGGUCAAGAUCUGGCGACUGGCUGACCGGAGGCAGGCCACGGGGCAGGGCAGCGAGUACACACGGGCUCGCUCCGAGUCUCGGGGUGAGGUGGAGAGCCGGCCUGAGAUACAGCGGCUGGAAGAGUGAAGGAGGUCCACACCUCCCCCCACCACCCCCACCUCCUCCCCACCUCCCCCUCCCCCCGCCCCCUCUGCUUGGCACAGAGCAAGCAAGGGAGUGACUGGGCUGACUGCUGAACCUACAGCUGAAGGAGCGAAUGUCCUCCGUUUGAUGAACCUCCAACCUUACCCUGUGCCUGAAGGACUGCAGCGGUUCGAGAAGGCAGCUCACCACCACCACUUCGAGAUGGGUAACUGAAUGCUGGCUCGGCCUGUGGAGCCCACGUCCCCUGAAAGAAUGAAAAAUCCCUGCGGUUCGGAGUCGUCCUGGAGCUUGCAGGAGGUUUGAGUGUGGAUCAGAAGAACCAUCUCCCAGUUCCCGGCUCCGGUCUGCUCCAUCCCAACUGCCUGGGAUGUUGCCCCCAUCAGCUGCUGGCAGUGAGAACCAAUCGACGUGACUUAUUUAUUGGCGAAGGAUGCGUGCUUUGCAAUCAAUACUUGAAGGGGAGUGAGGGGAUGGGUGUUGAGUGUAGCGUCUGCAGCCUCCUCUUCCCCAGCCUGCUGCCUAACAACCUGCUUUACCCAAAGGGUUCAUGGCGCAGCAGGGGGGCGUUUGGGUGGUGUGUUGCCCGGAGGGGCUGCAGGUGAGUUGACUGCGAGGAUUUGCACUGGUUUAUGGUUCAAACGCUGGCAUCGACUGCAGACACACUUGCUUCUGGAGACAAUGCACUCACCCAUCACCUGGCUCGUUCUCUUCAUCAAUGUUGCCUUUUCUUAACAAUGAGAAAGUCCAAAGAUUGAUCAUAAUCUUCUGUCUCCCUCUCUCUCUCUCUCUCUCUCUCUCUCUCUCUCUCUCUCUCUCUCUCUCUCUCUCUCUGUGUGCGUCUCUCUCUGUCUUCUCUCUCUCUAUGUGUGUGUGUGUGUCUCUCUUUCUCUGUGUGUGUCUCUCUCUCUCUCUCUCUCUGUCUCUCUUUCUCUCUGUCUCUGUGUGUCUCUCUCACUGUCUGUUUCUCUCUAUCUCUCUCUAUGUCUGUCUCUCUCCCUCUCUCAGUCUCUCUCUCUCUGUCUCUGUGUGUGUCUCUCUCACUGUCUCUGUUUCUCUUUAUCUGUCUCUCUCUCUCUCUCUCUCUUCCUGUGUCUCACCAAGGCUUGUGUAAUUUUGCUAUUUCUUGAAAGUGGUGUGUGAGUUUGUGAAUGGCCACCCAAGCCUGGUGUCCAGUGAACCUGCCCUUCUGCUGAGGUUGGUUUGAGGUGGGGCCUUGCAUACACUAUUGGUCCUGAUAUUUGUUUCCGUUUUACUGGUUGUUAGAACAUUUAGGUUGUUACCACCUGGCUAUUUAUUGCUAGGCAAGGUUACUGAAUCAGAAUUUUUAACAUACCUGUCCUCUAAUAUACAAAGACAGUGACUUGCAUUUUUUGAAGCACUGUUCACAAUUACAACAGGGUCCAAAGUGUUUGGCAGCCACUGAGCCCUGGUGACCGGUAACAUAGGCAAUGCAGCUGCAGAUGAUACACAGCAAGCUCCCAUGGGCCACAAAACAUCAACGAUCUGAUAAUUUGUAUUUAUUUUGGAAACGCCAAUUGAGGGAUUAAUGUUGUCUCGGGUGAAGGGAUCCCUGUUUCAAAGGCUUGAGCACAAAACCAGGCUGUGAUUGCUGUUCAAUGCCAAGGGAGUGCUGCAGUGUCAGAUGUGCUCCCCUUCAGUGUCUUGUCCAGGGUGGAACUAAAAGAUCCUUUGGCUCUCGAUUGAAGAAGAGCCGGAAAAUUAUUCCUGAUGAUGGACAAUUGGGAGUGUCAGGAAUUGCUGGGAAAAUUCAGCAGGUCAGGCAGCAUCUGUGGAGAGAGAAACAGAGCUAAUGUUUCAGGUCAGAACUUUUUGUUGAAAGGUCAUUCACCUGCAACUUUAACUCUGUUCAGAAUAGUGAAUCUCUGGAGUUCUCUGCCCCCGAGGGUGGGGAAGGCUGGGAAUACAUUUGAGGAGGAGAUAGAUAAAUAUUAGAAAGAUUGAGGAGUUGAGGGUUAUGGGGAACUGGUACAGAAGAGGAGCUGUAGGAAGCAGAGGGAAGUGGUUGAAGGUUGUUUCUUGGAACGGAGGCCGGUGACUAGUCAUGUGCCGCGCUGCGGCGGUUGGUGUUGAGACCCUUGUUAUUCUUUAUUUAUCUUUAUUUCUUUAUUUGUCAUUGUACUGUUGCAACAACAACACGAGAUUACGAUGGCAUUCCCUUGCCUAAUAAAAACCAAAACAGUAAAUUGAUAAGAGCAAUUAUAACUAUAAAAUAAAACAAACAUACUUACACAAAUAUAAAGUAUAAAAGAAAUAUAAAAAGGCAGUGUGCAAAUGAACCAUGAUAAUAAUAACGAUAAUCAGCAGCAUAUCAAUACUAAUAUAUUAAAUAACACCGUGAUGAGUCCAGCCGGUAAAGGCGGGAUGACAUGGUAUGCGUGUGUAUGUAUGUAUAGGAGGUGUCAGUCCAUGUUCAACAAUUUAACAGCUUUGGGGGAAAAAGGCUGUGUUUCAGUCUUGUAGUGUGUGCAUGUAUUGUCCUGUAUCGCCUACCAGAGGAGAGUAGUUUAAAAAGGUAGUGAGCAGAGUGAGCUGGUUCUCGAAUGAUGUUUAAAGCCCUGCUCUGACAUCGAGCCUGAUAGAUGUCCUCCAUCACUGGUAACUUGAGUCCCAAUGAUGUUUUGGUCCAUCUUGAUGACCCUCUGCAGAGCCUUCUGCUCCUUCCUAGUGCAGAUGGCAUACCAAGCAGUAAUGCUGUAUGUCAGGAUGCUCUCCACUGCACACCGGUAGAAGUUCACCAGAAUGUUCUGCAACAGUCUGGCUCUCCUCAAUUUCCUCAAAAAAUAGAGGCAUUGCUGUGCCUUCCUAAUGACAGCUGAGGUGUGUAUUGCCCAGGAAAAGUCCUCAGUGAUGUAUGCCCCCAGGAAUUUAAAACUGGAGACUCUCUCCACAGCCUCGCCACCAAUGAACACUGGACCAAGACCUAUCUUCCUUGACUUCCUGAAAUCCACCACAAUCUCUUUAGUCUUUUGGGUGUUGAGAAUGAGAUUGUUGGCAGAACACCAGGCUGUCAGGUUUUGUACCUCAUCCCUGUCUGCCAAUUCAUUAUUGUUCAUGAUCAGGCCAAUGACUGUCGUGUCGUCUGCAAACUUUAUGAUGGUGUUUGUUUCAUGGACGGAUGAACAGUCAUGAGUAAAAAGGGCGUACAGCAAGGGACUCAGCACACACCCCUGGGGAACACCAGUAUUCAGGGUGAGGGUGGAAGGUAUGUGCCCUCCUAACCUGACAGUUUGUGGACGAUUGGUCAGAAAGUCUAUCAUCCAGUUACAGAUUGUUGUAUUCAGGCCCAGGCUGUGGAGUUUGGACACUAGUCUGCUGGGAAUAACUGUGUUAAAGGCUGAACUGAAGUCCAAAAAGAGCAUCCUCGUUAUUUAUAUAAAUGAUUUGGAUGGGAAUGCACAAGGCUUGAUCAGUAAAUUUGUGGAUGAUACAAAAUUAGGAGGUGGUGUUGAUAGUGAAGAAGUUUAUUGUAGAUUACAGGGGGAUCUCAAUCAGUUAGGGAAGUGGGCCGAGGAGUGGCAAAUCGAUUUCAGUACAGGUAAGUGUGUGUUGAUGCAUUUUGGAAAGUCAAACCAACGUAGGACUUUUACUAUGAAUGGUAGGGCACCAGGGCGUGUAAUGGAACAGAGGGACCUAGGAGUACAAGUGGAUAGUUCAGUGACAGCGUCAUCACAGGUAGACAGGGUGGUGGGAAAGGUGUUUGGCACGCUGGCCUUCACCACUCGGCACUGAGUACAGGAGUUGGGACAUUAUGUUGCAGUCGUAUUGGUGAGGCCGCACUUGGAGCACUGUGUACAGUUUGGUUGGCCUGUUAUAGGAAAGACGUGGUUAAACUGGAAAGAGUGCAGAGAAGAUUCACGAGGAUGUUGCCAGGACUCGAGGGCCUGAGUUAUAGGGAGAGGUUGUCCAGGCUGGGUCUUUAUUCCUUGGAACAUAGGAGAAUGAGGGGCAACCUUGUAGAAGUGUCUAAAAUUACGAGAGGCAUAGACAAGGUGGACGGUAACAGUCUUUCCCCCAGGAUAGGGGAGUCCAAAUCUAGGGGGCAGAGGUUUAGGGUGAGAGGGGAAAGAUUUAAAAGGGACCUGAGGGGCAACUUUUUCACGCAGAGGGUGGUGAGUAUAUGGAACGAGCUGCCGGAGGAAGUGGGUGAGGCAGGUACAACUGUGUCAUUUAAGAAGAACUUGGAGGGGUACAUGGAGGGGCGGGGCUUGGAGGGAUAUGGGCCAAACACAGGAAAUUGGGACUAGCUGGAUGGGCACCAUGGUUGUCAUGGACUGGUUGGGCCGAAGGGCCUGUAUCCGUGCUGUAUUACUCUACGACUCCUUGAGGCCAGCAUAGAUCAGCCAUGAUUAUAUUGAACGAUAGGGCAGGUUUGAGGGGCCGAAUGGCCUAUUCCUGCCUCUAUUUUCUUGUGUUCUUUCCCCACAGAUGCUGCCUGACCUGCUGAGUUUUUCAGCGUUUUCUGUUUUGAUUUCUGGUACGCUGGGCAGUACUUGUUCCUAACCCAUCCUGCAAAACUGAUGUGACGUUAUUGUUUACGGGAGUCUGCUACGGAUAAGUCGCCCGCUGCAUUUCCUGUUUUACACUCCAGAAGUUCUCCGAUGGCUGUGAAGCACCUUGGUGUGCCCUGAGGCAGUGCUAUGGAAAUGCAGACCUCUGUACAUAUGGCUGCUGAUUCUUACAGGAAUAAUGGCCACCCAGAUGUUACUACCUGGCAUUCUAUCACUAGACAAAGUUACUGAAUCAGAGUUCAUGUAGAGUUUAUUCAGCAACUUCCUGCAGACUUUGAGAGAGCCAAGAGGUAGGAAACGCAAGGAGACACAAGAGACUGCAGAUGCUGGAAUCGGGAGCAACACACAAGUACUGGAGGGAAAUGCAAAGAGUCUAAAUGUUCAGGGUUGGAUGCCCACUUGUUUGAGGUGAAGAGGCACUUACAUGUGUGACCGGUCAGUAAAAUUUGAGCACAUACUGAAUCUGUGGGGUGCCCAAAAUUUAGUGGCUUUAUAAUAAAAAAAACUUCUUUUAAAAAGCCUUUCCAUCUUCCUACCUCUCCCGAUAGCGAGGGAGUGAGGGAGUGGGGAGAAGAUGGAGGGAACGUCACAGCAUCGUUUCCUUCCCACCACCAGAUGUCAGCGACGAGCUGUCACCCUUGUCUGGAGUGACCCGAACAAAUAUCACCUCAUCUAAUCACCAUCUCUCCCGUUGGAAACUUUCCUUAGUGUUGCCUGUAAACCAAAUAGUUCUUUGUUUAAGGAAGAACCAAGCUGUUUUAAUUUUGUACAUUAUCUCUGAAUAGUGUAAACUGCUUGAAAUGCCACCUAAAGUGCCUAUUGCAGGUUGUUAGAAGCAACUGUUGGCCUUGGACAUUACAGUCUCACUUUUCCAUAAGUUAGACUUCAUUAAUUGUGAAAAAUCCUUUGAGUUUCUGGGCAGGGUACAAGGUGGGGCUCAAACUGAGGCACAGUACCAAAUAUGGGCCUUGUACUGUGGUGGGGAAUCAAAGGACAGGGAACUACAGAAUGUACAAUUUUGGUGAAUCAGAUCUGCCUCCAGUGGAGUUUCAGGAACAUGCCCGUAAGGAGCAUUGUAGAUGGAGUGAAUCAAUGACUCUGCACUCAUACCCCCAGUGUGAGGACAGAGAUUCAUUCCAAUGCAGUGCCUUCCACAGUUGAAUUGCUCAGUGCCCCUUAAUUGUCAGUUUGUCUAAUGUUAGGGGCGGCUGGACGAGAUAUAAAAGAGGCUGUGGGCUGUCAUCACUUCCCACUGCCUCUUGCGUUCUUGAUUAGUUAAUUUUACAAAAAAAACCAAAUGAUCCAUUUUCCCUGGAAGUACUUUUUCCGGACUCCCUAUCCAUGAUGCUGUUGCAAUCAGUAGACCAAGAACAACAUGGUGUCCCCCUGACCCUUGGUGUGGAAUAGGUAGUGAAUAAGGGCAGGAUGUAGGAGACUCCAAAUGUUAUAGCACACCGACAAUGUCAGUCCUUAAAAUUUGAGUUUGAUUGGAGGUGAGAUUUUCUUUGUUCUUUGUUGUGGUUUUUGUAACUUACUGUGUCCUCUUUUUCUCCUCAUCCUUUAGAGAAACUCUCUCCACCAUCAGAGCUGUAUUUUUGUAGAUGUUUAGAUUUUACCAGGAUUCAUGGAACCACUUGUACAGAUUCUCUGUGUGGUGACAUUAUCAAAUAAAAUGGAUUUUAACUGUCA